UCAUGGAAAUAUGUUAAACUCUUGGAUGCCAAAACAUAUGAAGAAGUAGAGGAAGAGAAGGCCACGACGAACGAGCAGUAAAACACACUUCAAGAAAUAAAUAAGAGUAAAUAAUUGUGCAUUCGCCUGGAGUUCUUUAGUCGCAGAUGUAACGCGAAAAGCUCACACGCAUUGUUCUCUCCUCGCAUUUCGUGGCAGUUGCCAAUUGAUGCACACCAGCAGCAAACUAUGAAAAUUGCCGAUACUUAAACGAAGAAAAAAAACAAAGCACAAAAAUGUGGAUUCAACCCAAGGAACUGAUGCUGCCCUUAGCACUUUGGACUGGUGAAAUGUACUCAAAGUACUUUGUGAUGCAGAAGCGUCGUGGACAUGGCGAAUCUCGGAGCCUUGGAUCCAUGCUUGUGAGCACCUAUGAUAGCAUAAGGAACACCAAACCGGCCCCAUAUCGAAUAGUGCAUCAAACAUCCUCCUCUGAUGUUUCUUACGAGAUUGCCAUUGGUAUAACACUAGAUGAUAUCGUCAAGGAUUGGGAAUGGUUGCAGGUCAAUCUCUUCGGCGUUCUCAAUGAAAUGGAAAACGAUGUUGAAGUAACAAAUUUUACAAUAUAUAAAAUAAAAUCGCUGUUCACACAAAAUAAUCAAGACAAUACGGGCGAAACACCGGACUUUAAAGUGAAGACUUCACAGUUUCGUCAAAUCUUCAAAAUGCCCGAAGAGGAACGCCUUGUUAACUCUUAUUCGGCAACCUAUAUAGAAAGUAAAAUACCACGCCAGGGACAGUUAUAUAUCUCGCUGAAUCAUGUGUGCUUCUACUCGUACAUGCUGAGCCAGGAGAUCAAGCUAAUUAUACGCUUCGCUGAACUGGAGAACAUCAGUCGCAGUAUCAACACAAUCUAUAUGAAGACGGCCAACAGUAUGACAUACAAUUUCACGCUGCUCUUCAAUCUGAUCGAGGCGCACGAUCUAAUUGAGCAGCUUAACAAAAUGGCCAUCCAAAAGCUAAUGCAUGAACCGGAGAGUCCCGUCGUGAAUCACAAUCCCUUGAAUUUUGUACGUUUCGGCGCCAAGGCUUCCAAUAAGCCUGUGCUGCUGCGCGAUUUGACAGCUCGCCAAAAAUCUGAGGAGUUUCGCGCUUAUUUUCAUCUGCCGCAAAGGGAAAUUAUUGAUGGCAAGAUUAAGGCAGACAUCUGGACGCCCUACUCGAAGCGCUUCAAUUCCGGCGAAAUUUAUCUGACGACCAAUUUCUUUUGCUUCCGCAGCGAUGUUAAGGAUUUAGUCAGCGUUGUGAUCCCAAUGAAAACCAUUAAGAGUGUUGAGAAGAAGGACGAUGGUCAGCGGCGUUAUGACAAUCAAAUUGUUAUCUUUACAUCGGACAAUGUGCCUUUUAUAUUCGCCAAAAUUAUUGAUCGUAAAGUGCUCAUCUCAAAGAUCACAGACAUGCUCUCCAGCACCGAUAUACCCGUUAAUCGCGAACGCGCCAAGUACGAUAUCUCGUGGAGCAAGCAGACUGCUUUGCUCAACACAUUCAAGACACAGUUCAGCGCGGAUAUAAAGAAGAAGCAGGAGCUCAAGCUGGCUCGCUGGGAGCAUCAUUUCCGUGAUUUUGGACGUGGCAUAUCGAUGUUCCGUACCACAGACGUGAUCAAUUUGAUUGUCGAGGGCAUACCGGAUAAGCUGAGGCAGGAGAUAUGGUUAAUCUUCUCGGGCGCCAUACAUGACAAGGAGAAUAAUCCGGGCCUGUACGAGGAUCUGGUGGAGAAGGCCGCCCUAUUAAAGAAUUGCGCCGUGCACGAUGAAAUCGAUAGGGAUUUGCCACGUUCGCUGCCGGAACAUCCGGCUUUCCAAUGUACCGACGGCAUUGGCGCCUUGAGGCGUGUCCUGCAGGCAUAUGCACUGCAUAAUUCAAAGGUGGGCUAUUGCCAGGCCAUGAAUAUUGUCACCUCGGUAUUGCUGCUGUUUUGCGAUGAGGAGAACUCCUUCUGGAUGCUUGCGGGCCUCUGCGAGAACCUGUUGCCCGACUACUACGAAGACAAGGUGGUGGGCGCCCAGAUUGAUCAGGGUGUGCUCAAUGAGCUGGUCGAUUCGCAUCUGCACGAUUUGCAUGAUCAUCUGGAGAAUUUGGGCGUGAUUAAAAUGAUCUCCAUCUCCUGGUUUCUCACCAUUUUCAUGAGUGUGAUCAGCUACGAAAGUUCGCUGCAAAUAUUGGACUGUUUCUUCUACGAGGGCGCCAAAAUCAUAUUCAUGAUUUCACUGCAGAUCAUCGAAUGGAAUCGUGACGAUCUGCUCAAGUGUCAGGAUGAUGGCGAAGCGAUGCUGGUGCUGCAAUCCUUUUUGGAGGGCAUCUACAAUCCCGAAUAUCAAGUGCCGCCAUCCACGGACAAGCGCAAAAUGGAUCGGCCCCAAACCCAAACGGUGCAGACGCUUAUCCACGAGGCGUACACCAAAUUCGGUGAGGAGAUCACACAGCAGCGCAUUGAGGAGCUGCGCAACAAGCAUCGUCGCCUCACCUUCCGACAAUUCGACAUUGACAACGAGAAGAUCAUUGUAAAAGCACACGUGCAAAAUGCCUACUUUGACAGGGCCGAGUUGCAUAUGCUGCUCAGCAUCAUACGCGAGGAGAAACUGGCACUGAAGUCCGUGCAACAGCAGCAGCAGAAGAUGCAAAGUUAUUUGAGUGAGGCGCCACAGCUGUUGCAGUCGCCGACUCGUUCUGGACCAACGGACGUUAUGCCUGGUGGUGGUGGUUGUGGUCGCCACCAGGCUUACUGCAUCAACUUUGAGGUAUUCCACACGCUCUUCUUGGAGCUGGCGCCCUGGCGCAAGUGUGUUGCUGUCGACAUUGCCGAGAAACUAUUUCGGCUAACCGACAAGAAGGGCAAUGGUUACCUGGACUUUGGCCAGUUAAUCAAUGCUUUUGGCUUGGUCUGCUCCAACAAAAGCAUAGAGAAAUUGAAACUGCUUUUUAUGUUGCAUUUGCCGCCGCUGCUGACGAAGGCGGAAACUGUACGUUCGCGUCGUCCACGUCCUGCCACUAAAGAUGAUGCUGAGGAGGCCAUCGAGGCGGAGGAUUUCUUUGACGAGGAUGCCUCGGAAUCAAUUGAGGCACUGCCCUCGCCUUCGGAUCAUAAUUUUGAAGCGCUGAUGAAUUCCACACAUCAUUUGCAUACUUUGGCCGGCAUUUCGGGCAACACUUUUAUGGAUUUAUCACGAACAACUCCGAAUUUCUCGCUGAACUCAAACGCAUCGUCGCUGGCGCACCGCACCUCGAUAUUUUAUGUGGAUCUGCCCGCUGCUCUUCAUGGUACUGCAACAUGCAUAGAAGCUGGGCAGGAUGACGACCAUGACAUCGGUCUACGCCAGCAGGGACGUUACGAAUCGAUUGACACAUUUUCGGAUAUUUCAGAUUUGGGCGCGUCGCGAAUCACGCCGCCGCCACAUGCGUCGACAUCAGCAGUAGCAGGAGCAGCAGUAGCUGGGACGGCUGCCGAUCAAAUGCUGAACGUUGAGACCAUUUCGAAUUUCUCACAAAUCAGCGACCUGAUCGCGGCCACUGGAAACGAGCGCGCCGAUUCGAAUGCAACGGAUACACGCAGCCUGGGCAGUCUCGGCUAUAUGCUGGAUCAGCCGGACGAGGGCGCUUCCGCGGCGGGACGUCAGAAUGUGCCGAAUAUGCGUAAGGAGAAUUUCGGGCUGCUAUGGCAGAGCAUCAUUGAAAUUAUGGAUUGUGGGCAGGACGAGGAAAUGAAACGUGCAUAUGAAAAUCUUAUUGAGCUGGGCAAUAGCAACAUGAAGCAACAGGCAAGCCUGGAGAGCUUUACGCAACUCAAUUUUGGCGGCAGCGGUGAUGAGCAACCGGAUAGCAAUGGGAAUCCAACAACGCCCGCAGCCGAGCCCAGCAGCAAAACACGUUUGAUUGUCGCUCUCGAAGAAGAGAUGCGCCAAGCAAAGCUCAAAGCUGCGGGUGAAACUGGCGCAGCCACCACAACGACGAGCGGUGGCAGCAGCAGCAGCACAAACAACUCGGUUGCCUGGCACAUAUCCAUCAAUCAGUUUAUAGCCACAGCACUCACUUGUGAACGCAUCGAUAAAGCAUUCCAGACGUGCACAAACAUCGUGGAGCAGAUAGAGCAGCUUCAGAAGAAGCGACGAAAGUGUCUGUCCACUGAUUAUAACUACUAACUAUACCAUCUGUUGUAACCCUCCUCUCCCCCCAUAUUCUCUUAGAACCCAAUGUAUUAGCCAUUAAAUAAACCCAUAGAAAUGUGCAAUGCGGUUGAAGCUUUUAA